GGUGUAAAUGCCAUUAUUACCUUUUAGUGAACUCUUCAUAAACUUUCCUGUGACUCCCUUUUCCCUCGUGUCUAACUUAUCAGCUGGGAGCAAUGUCUGGAGAACUAGGUGCUGCUGUGAGACGGUGGAAGCAAAGUCUCCCGGGGCGAAUGAAACAAUUAUAAACAAAUGAGCCCCUGCCGCCCAGCACAGCAGGAGAAUGCCACUGACCAGACGCUCAGGUGUACGAGCCCGGGGGCGCGCCAGUAGCAGAGAGAAGGGAACCAACGGCAGCACACAGCGAAGGGACCGAUACUCCGAUGCACGGGUGCAUGUCCCAUGCAGGGAAGGAGGGUUGUCUCACUCACACCCAGCGCGCCGCUUCCAAUGACCAAUCAGCGCCUGCUAAUUAGGCAGUGAGGGCGGAGGUGCCUGGGAAGAGCAGAGCCGCUGGGGCGGGCUCACCACAAGGCACGGGGGUGCCCGCUGUUCGGACUUUGCCCGGGGAUGUUCCAUUGCAUUCCCUUGUGGCGGUGUAACCGUCAUGUGGAGUCCGUGGAUAAGAGACACCGCUCGCUGCUCGCAGUCCCGGAGGAGAUCUAUAGGUACAGCCGGAGUCUGGAGGAGCUGCUCCUGGACGCCAACCAGCUCAGGGAACUCCCCAAGCAAUUUUUCCAACUUGUGAAGUUAAGAAAACUGGGCCUUAGCGACAACGAAAUACAACGGCUUCCCCCAGAGAUCGCAAACUUUAUGCAGUUGGUAGAGCUAGAUGUGUCUCGAAAUGAAAUUCCUGAGAUUCCUGAAAGCAUCUCGUUUUGCAAAGCACUCCAAGUAGCAGAUUUUAGUGGAAAUCCACUUACCAGGUUGCCUGACAGUUUUCCUGACCUUGCAAGCCUUACUUGCCUUUCCAUUAAUGACAUCUCACUUCAGGUGCUCCCAGAAAAUAUUGGAAAUUUAUCCAACCUGGUGUCUCUCGAGCUAAGAGAAAAUUUGUUAACGUUUUUACCAGAAUCACUUGCACAGCUGCAUAGAUUAGAAGAGCUUGAUGUAGGAAACAAUGAACUUUAUAAUUUGCCAGAGACCAUUGGAUCAUUAUAUAAACUGAAGGACCUUUGGCUAGAUGGAAAUCAGCUUGCAGAUUUACCUCCGGAAAUAGGAAAUCUGAAAAAUCUUCUUUGUUUGGAUCUGUCUGAAAACAAACUGGAAAGGCUUCCUGAAGAAAUCAGUGGCCUGAAGUCACUCACAGAUCUUCUAGUGUCACAUAAUUCUAUUGAGGUUUUACCUGAUGGCAUUGGGAAAUUAAAAAAUCUGUCUAUCCUUAAAGUCGAUCAGAAUCGUCUAAUGCAGUUAACUGAUUGUAUAGGAGAAUGCGAAAGCCUUACAGAACUAAUCCUUACAGAAAACCAACUCUUGGUAUUGCCAAGAAGCAUUGGGAAAUUAAAGAAGCUGUGCAAUUUAAACAUAGAUAGGAAUAAAUUAAUGUCUUUGCCAAAAGAGAUUGGUGGUUGCUGCAGUCUUAAUGUAUUUUGUGUGCGUGAAAACAGAUUGUCUAGGAUUCCCUCUGAAAUCGCACAGGCUACUGAACUGCAUGUCUUUGAUGUUGCUGGAAACAGAUUGACUCAUUUACCAUUAUCUUUGACCUCACUGAAGUUAAAGGCGUUAUGGUUGUCCGACAACCAGUCUCAGCCUCUGCUCACUUUUCAAACUGAUGUAGAGCCAGAGAGUGGUGAGAAAAUCUUGACGUGUGUAUUAUUACCACAGAUGCCUUCUGAGCCCAGUGGCCAAGACAAUUUACAAAGAUGUGGGGCCUUUGAAAGUUUAGUAAAUGACAUGUCAGAUGAAACCUGGAAUGAGAGAGCCAUGAACCGAAUAAGUGCCAUACGAUUUUUAGAUGACACGAAGGAAGAAGAUGAUGAUGAAACGGCAACUCUGUUGAGAAGGGCAACUCCUCACCCCGGGGAACUUAAAAACAUGAAAAAGACUGUGGAAAACAUACGUUCGAACCUGAAUGCUGCUAAAGGAUUGGAUUCCAACAAAAACGAGGUCAAUAAUGCCACUGACAGAGUGACCACGUCUGUGUAGACUUCCACAUCUCACCUCCUGUGUCUUCCCUGCUGUUGAAAUGUUCCUCUGCUUCCAGGAUCAUAUCCACUCCUUUGUUUUUACCAGAACAUGAUUCAUCACCCUUCCCUUGUAACCUUGUCGAGGUGCUGCUUACUGGACAGAAGUGCCUUAUUUCAGUCAGAUGCUUGCACCUGUGAUCUCUAAAUUAAUGCUGUAAUUUUAUAUUUUACCAAUCAUGUUUUUAACAAGUGGUACACACUAUUGCAUAUUUUUAAUUCUUUUACUUGGGGUAUAUAUCUUUUAUUUUUUAACUGCUGGGAUAUUUUAUUACCAGUUCCUUUUUGCAACACACUGGUGGAAAUUCUAUAGUUUUAUGUGAAAGUUAUAAUUUUUUUACUUUUUGGCAGCUUAACUGGUGUACAAUAUAACUAUAACUGUAUAGGAGCUUGAAAAUGUGCUUUGGUUUGUUAAAUAGAGCAUAAAGGAUGGUACAAAUGUCAGUCGUUGUAAUUUGUUUAUGGCACUGAUUCAAGAAGUAUGUUUAUUUUAUGUGCACCACUCAGUUGUGCGUUGUAGUUCACCUUAAAAUGUUUGCAUAGAACAUGA